AUGACAUCGCCAGUAAUUAAUCGUCAAAAAGCUUUAUCAACUGAAUCACUUAACAUACGAUCCGAGACGUCUCAACAACGUAUUAGUUUACAACACAUAUUCAAUUCGUGUGUACUCGAUAAAAAUCAACGUGUUAAUGCAGGUGAACUUAUUCGACAUUUUCGUUUUGUAACUGAACAAAAUUCUGAUUUGUUAACGAAUCAAUUGGAUUUUGCUUUUUUAUUAAAUCAACUGGGUGGAUCCGAUCAACAAGUGACAUUCGAUCAAUUAUUCAAUGCUGUUGAAAAGCUUUAUUCUGAACUUGUUGAAAAAUCGAGCAUAAGUACACCAGUAUCAAAAUCAAUUUCAUCGAUGUCACUUAAUUCUUCAUCGUCGUCGAAGAAGCAAAGAAACAAAGAAAAUAUCGAGUCACAUACAAGUGAUGAUGCUUCAUCCAAUUCAUUCGAUUUACGACGAAAAUCAAUCGAUCACGAAAAAUGCAAAAUUGAUUAUAAUGAAAUGAUGGAAAUUCAUCGACGACAAACGGAAUGCUUACAUAUGCUUGAAGACGAAUAUAAGAAGCUUGAUGAUGAUCAUCAUCGUUUACAAAUACAAUACGAAGAUAUACAAAAGAAAAAACUUGCAUUAGAAGACGAGCUUAAUCGUAGUACGCGUUAUGCAAAUGAAAAUGUGGAUUUACACAUCUAUAAGACUCAAUUAGAAACCUCCAAUCGUGUUUUAAAGGAAGAGAAUGAAAGUUGUGAACGAGAAAGAUUUGAACUCCAAGAACAAUUAAUUGAUGUUGAACAUCAGUUACAAAGCAUUCGAGACGAACGAAAUCAAUGUGUGAACAAGUUAGGUGAAGUUGAAUAUGAAUGGAAGAAAGAAUUAAAUGAAAAAGAGAAAUUAGAAGAACAGAUGAAAGUUAUUCAAAAUCAAUUGAAAGAAAAUAAUGAAGUUAUUCAUUCGUUACGAAAAACGAUCGAUGAUUUGAAUGUUGAAAAUCAAACUACAAUGAGAAAAAAUGAGAAUUUGGAGAAGAAUUUGGAAGAACUUCGUCAACAAUUACGGAAUGCAAAGAUGGAAUCAAUUGAAGCACGUUUAUCUCUUUCAAAUCUAUGUGAAGAAGAAAGUUUCCUUUGUGAUGAACUGGAAGAACGUGUUGAUGUUUCACGGCGUGUCACAAUUUCAAAUGGUCAAUCGCUCUUUGCUGAAAUCAAUACGAUGGACAAUAUAUCAAAUGAAUGUGUUUCUCAAUGUCUUGACUCUUCGAACAUGGAAACGAUUGAUGAUAUGGAAGUUCAAAUUCUUCUAUCGAAAAGUGAUAGUUUCAAUUCCAUUCAUUUGAAAGAUGUGUUUCACGAAUUACAUGUAAAUGGAAUGAAUAUCAACGAACAUUUGACAAUUCUAAAUGAGAAAAUUCAAUGUGAACAAGAUCGGGAGAGUAUCUCAACUACCUCGACUCUAAUUGAAAAACAUUUAUCAAUCAUUAAGAACUUAAUUAAGAAGAUUAUCGACAAUAAGGAUGUGUUUGAAGGACGUUUUAGAAAACUACAAACAUUAUUGAUUGCAAGUCGACACAAACAACAGAAAUUUCAAAUAGAAUUGAACGAAAUCUCUCAAUCAAGUCAAACAAAUGUGACUUCUUCAAAUGUUAUUUCAACUUUGAAAGAAUAUCAUGAAACAAUCGAAGAAUUGAAAGUUAAAGAACAAUUAUUAGUUGAACAAAUUCGUCUUUUAGAAGGACAGUUAUUCAAAUUACAAGGUGAUGAAAAGGCACAGAGAUUAAAGUGCCAUUUUCUAACAAAACAAGUACAAAAAAUGACUUCGAAAGCAAAAGAAAAACAAGAGCAAUUCGAUGAAAAUGGUAUGUUAAAACAUCUAGUUCUAUAUUCUUCAACAAUUUCCUCUUUAGGAAUGCUAACACACAAGAAAAAUCAUCCACAACAAAGUGUAUCUAAUUUAACAAAUGGUGUUUGUCCAUAUCAUUCCGUUCGAGAAUUACUUCGUGAGGAUGAUGAGUUGUUUAACUCGGCGUCAGCAUCGUUACCAUGUCGAUGUUUGAAUCGAUCGCGUUCAAGUCCUGAACUUCAUCAAAUGGACUCACCAUCAAAACACAUUCGACGAUUGUCAUCGCCAUGUGGAGCAGCGAUAACAACCAGUGACUCUGGUUUAAAUUCAUCAACAAAUUGCACGACCAGUCGUUCACCAACACCGGAAUUAAAUGAAGAUAUCUCAUCAAUGACCCUUGAAUUCGAUUCAUUGUUUAAUCGAACAUUGACGAAAGAAGAUGCCGUUUCAAAGACUACUGAGAAAAAACCCAAUCGAUGUGCAACAGUUAAAAACGUCCGACCAACUCGAGUAAAACGUGUCUUGAAAAGAUUACAAUGGUGUGCAAUAAUAACAAGUUGUUCAAUCGUUUUAUUUCUUUGGAGUGUAAUUAUACGUUAUUAUUGCUUAACUUCCCCCAAUGAUGAUGAUUGUAGUCGACUGUCAUUCGCAUGGUGGCCAUUUGCCUAUUGCGCACCAAAUGGUAUAACUCUUUAA